AUGGCGGAGAAGAAGCACAAGCCGACGCUGAUGCUUGGCUCCCUGCCUGUUUUCCACAACGCGCUACGCGCAUCUGUCGCCUUCUUGAAUUACUCUUGGGAUUACAUGCUGAUGCUGGUGGCUAUGACGUUCAACGUGGGGAUUUUCCUUUCAAUGCUCGGAGGUAUGGCUCUAGGCUUCCUUACAAUUGGGCGCUACCUCGGCUUCUCCCUCCAGCCGAAAAAUAUCGUCAGUGGCUGCGAAUGCGACGAGGACUUCAGCUGCGGCUGCCACAAGGGCCAGUCCUGCACUUGUUGCGUUUCUUCCCAACUUGACCCAGCAAACGGCGGACCAAGUAUAAGCGGCAAAGACCCAGUUUUGGAGAAGCGCUGA